UUUAUUUCUCAUGUGUCGCACGAUACAUUGCGAUUCGAUGCAACAAGUUAAAGAAGCUAUAGGUAUCGAUUGCGUUGUCUCUCAGCCAGACGAUACAGUAAUUUUUCUGUUUCCUCAUAAUGUCCGCGCAAGCGCUACUCCACUAUUCGUAUCCACUAUUCGAUGGAGAAGUGCGCGAGCAGCGAUCAGUAUUCCUGACGCGUCUCUUGGACGAACCAUGAAGUGCGUUUCUCACGAACCUUCGCUCGACCACUAUAGACGAGACAACGACUAUAGUCUUCAACUGAAUCGUUGGGUGCUGAAACCGAUAGGAGCUUGGCCCGAACUACCAACGAAUUCGCUGAUCAGAAACAUGCUGAAGAAGCUCUUGAGAUUUACGUGUCACUCUUUAAUAGCUUUCACUAUGGUACCCUCUAUACUGUACAUACUCUUCGAAGAGAAGGACUUCCGCCUCAAGCUGAAGGCAGUAGGGCCGACAAGUCAUUUUCUCAUGGGUAGCAUCAAUUAUUGCUCACUCUUGUAUCAAAACGAGCGAAUACGCAGAUCCAUUGAACACAUGGAGACGGAUUGGCGAAUUGCAAAAAGAGAGCACGAUCGGGAAGUGAUGUUGAGAAACGCUCGAAUUGGGAGGAUCAUUGCAGGCAUUUGUGCAUUGAUUAUGCAAGGUGGUGUGCUCUGUUACAAUUUAGCGAGAGGAAUGUCGCCGAUCAUCAUGACGAUCGGCAACGAGACCGUGGCGAUAGGUCGCUUACCGUGCCCGUCGUACAACAAGAUUGUAGAUACCAGGUUCAGUCCGGUGUACGAAGUCGUGCUCGUGUUGCAAUGUCUCUCAACCAUUAUCGUCAACAACACUACGAUCGGUGCGUGUGGUCUCGCCGCGGUUUUCGCGAUGCACGCCUGCGGUCAGCUUAACGUGGUGAUGUUCCGGCUCGAAGAGCUCGUCGACGAGAAACGAGAUAUCCUUCAGUUAAGAUUAGCCAAUAUUAUAGAGCGGCAUCUGCGAGCAUUGAGAUUUCUUUCGCGUAUGGAGACGAUUAUGCGUCAGAUAUGUUUCGUGGAAUUAGUCGGAUGUACAUUCAACUUGUGCAUGCUAGGAUAUUAUACCAUUACGGAAUGGCAUGAAGAAAGUACAAACACUAUAAUAACAUAUAUCAUGAUCCUUACAGCAAUGAUGUUCAAUAUUUUUAUAUUUUGUUUCAUCGGUGAACUUAUAACCGAACAGUGCAGUAAAGUCGGUGAAGCAGCUUAUAUGACAAACUGGUAUCACUUACCGCAUAAAACUGCUCUUGGUAUAAUUUUGAUAAUUUUGCGGUCAAGUAUCGCUGUCAAAAUCACAGCUGGAAAAAUAUUUCAUAUGUCAAUCGCAACUUUCGGUGUUGUAAUUAAAACAUCUGUCGCAUAUUUGAAUAUGCUUCGAACGCUGACCAUGUAAAUACUACAAAACAUGAUUAUAUUUUAUAAUAUUUUAA